AUGGACAUAAGAAUUUUGCUAAACCACGAAGAUUUCAAAGGGCCCACAAGCCCCACUCCUAGUGCAGAUUCAAUUGACAGCGAUCGCCCGUAUGAAUGUGGUUGGGGGAAUUGCAGCAAAGCAUUUUCACGUCGUUCCGACCUCGCCAGGCACAAGAGAAUUCAUACCGGUGAACGUCCUUAUAAAUGCGAGUGGAGUGGUUGCGGGAAACAAUUCAUACAACGCUCGGCGCUGACGGUUCACUACCGCACGCACACAGGGGAACGCCCGCACAUCUGCGAGCACCUGAACUGUAAUAAAUCCUUCAGUGAUUCCUCGUCGUUGGCACGUCAUCGAAGAACCCACACAGGCAAACGACCUUAUGUAUGUCCGCACUCUGGGUGUGGCAAGACCUUCACCCGUCGUACCACUCUCACGAGGCACCAGAGAUCUCACGAUCCUCACUGGAAGGAAUACAACACUGCAUUUGAACCACGUAAAUCGCAUGCACCUCAAGGAGCGUUGACCAUAUCUUUACCGGUAUACGGUAGCAAUAGCGCGUCGUCAAUCAACCUAUACAAAGCACUUCCGAGUCCUCCGACCCCAACAAUGGAUUGUUUCAAACCGAUGGAAAUGUUACCAGAAUGUCAUCAGCAUCUUCACCGAACUACAACCACAAGCAGCAUGCUAAACAACACCAUCGAUCAAGUCCUUCCCGCUAUCAGUCAUCUUUAUCUAUCCCCUCCGAUGGAUUGUCCCCUUUUAACAUCAAGCGGUCGCAUUACUGCAUUUAAACCGGUCGUGAAGGAAAUCUAUGAUCCCUACAAGUAUGGAUGUCCGUCACCUGUUGAUGAUCACGAUUUGUAUUAUCCUACUC